GGUAAACAUUAUAAAGUAGUGUUUUGAGAUAAUAUCUCCUAGUCCAUUAAUUAGUUGUAUUAGUAUGGAAAGCCAAUUUAUCAUUUGUUAUACGUAUAAAUUAUAUUAGACUGAACUCUGUCUACUAUUCUAGUCUGAAACACCUAUGUUACUUGAAAGUCAAUUUGCUUCAUAAAGUUUUUAAAAUUUAUUUACUUGGUACAAUAUGAUAUAUGCAUGAAAUUAAAUCAUUUAAAUGCUUUCUUUACCUAUGUUCUCGAUGAAUUUUUGUGAUUUAAAAACCUCCUACAUGCUUAGAUUUCUAAUUAAUGUACGUACAGGGAAAUAGAAAAUAUAGACGAAGAAGAGCCUAUCACAUAAUAAUCGGCUUUUACCUAGAACAACCAUGAAUAGAAGAGGUUCUGCGGCUAUUGGUAUUGAUCUUGGAACAACAUAUUCUUGUGUGGGUGUUUGGCAAAAUGACCAAGUUGAGAUCGUAGCUAAUGAUCAAGGAAAUAGGACUAUGCCAUCUUGUGUUGCUUUCACAAAUGGUGGACGUCUAAUAGGUGAAGGUGCUAAGAACCAGAUUGCUAUGAACAUCACCAACACUAUUUAUGAUGCAAAAAGAUUGAUUGGAAGGAGAUUCACUGAUACCAAACUUCAGGAAGACAUGAAGUCAUGGCCUUUCGAUGUUAUAAAAGGAAGUAACAACAUUCCAAUGAUUGUAGUUACUUACAAUGGUGAAAAGAAGGAGUUUUCUGCGGAGGAAAUUUCAUCCAUGGUUCUUAUUAAAUUGAAAGAAGCUGCAGAGAAAUUCCUUGGUAAAGUUGUACGUGAUGCAGUAAUCACGGUACCAGCUUAUUUUGAUGAUUCCCAACGCCAAGCAACAAAGGAUGCUGGUCAUGUUGCUGGACUUAAUGUUCUACAGAUAAUCAAUGAGCCAACUUCAGCAGCAAUUGCAUAUGGAUUAGACAUGAAAAAUGAUAUAGUUCGUGACAUAAAUGUGCUUAUCUUUGAUUUAGGUGGUGGUACAUUUGAUGUCUCUCUUGUCAACAUUGAUACGAAUGGUACGAUAACAGUUAAGGCCGUUGCCGGUGACACUCACUUAGGCGGCCAGGACUUCGAUAAUGCAAUGGUUGACUAUUUUGUGGAACAGUUCAAGAGAAAGCAUAAUAUAGAUGUUAGUGUGAAUAAAAAAGCACUAUCUCGGUUGCGGGUAGCUUGUGAAAAAGCAAAAAGAGUUCUCUCUUCAAUUAUUGAUACUACUAUCGAUAUCGACGGCUUUCACGAUGGUGUUGAUUUUUCUAUGAGAAUAUCUCGUGCAAUGUUUGAAAAGCUGAAUGAAGACUUCUUUAGUAAGUGUAUAGAGAUGGUGGAGAAGUGUUUGGCUGAUGCAGAAAUGAAUAAAUGGCAAAUAGAUGAGGUAGUAUUAGUUGGUGGCUCAACAAGGAUACCCAAGGUACAACAAUUAUUGAAAGACUUCUUCCAAGGAAAAGAGCUUUCUAAAAAGAUCCAUGUUGAUGAGGCAGUUGCAUAUGGUGCAACAGUUCUUGCUGCAAAAUUAACUGGUUGCACUGGUAAAAAAGUUAGCAACUUAGUGUUGAUAGAUGUUGUGCCUCUGUCACUUGGUGUAGAUCUCCAUGAUGGCUCUUUUAAUGUUAUAAUUAAAAGAAAUUCCUCAAUACCUACCAAGAAUGAAAGAAAUUAUUAUACUGUUUUGGAUAACCAAGAAAGUAUAACUUUUAAUGUCUAUCAGGGUGAGAGAAGUAGGGCUAUAGACAAUAAUUGGUUGGGAAGAUUCGUAGUCGCUGUCCCACGUGCACCAAAGGGUAGGUCAUCGGUAAGAGUGACCUUUGACGUUGAUGCUAAUGGUAUCUUAAAUUGCUCGGGAGUGGAAUUAACAACUGGCCAAAAAAUAGCGAUUACAAUUACCAAUUACAAGGAAAGGCUUUCAACACGAAAUAUUGAAAAAAUGCUUGAGGAUGCUCAUAAGUACAAAUUACAAGACGAGGAGUACGAGAAGACAACUUCUGUACGUAAUGCAUUGGAGGACUACAUUUACGAUGUGAAAAGCAAAAUCAAGAAAAUAGGAAACACUACUAAGAGAUUUAAUAAUAAAGACUUGGAAAUAAUGGAAAUCGCCAUAGAAAAAGCAAGCGAAAUUCUUAAAGAAAGCCAACUUGCAGAUUUUGGUCAGUAUCAAAAGGCGCUAAAUCAGUUGGAAAAGGUAUGCCUGCCAAUAAUUGCCCAACAUGUUUAAACUACAUGUUCUUAAUCGUGAUGGAGAGUUAUUUGGAGUGUCAUCCACUAUAACGUAUGUGUUAUAGUUUGUAUUUGUUAAUUUUAAUUUACAUUUGAGUGUUGGAUUGAACUUGUGUGUGAGUGAAGAAUAAAAUGAUUUGAUACUAUUUCUAUUAUUUCUAUUAUAUGCAGUCAAUAAAUAUAUUUCUCCUUUCCAAUUUGCA